UAGUAUAUAAAUUAGAUGUUCCAAGUGUAUUACUCCUUAGCCAACCAAACCUUUACAUUCUAAGUGUAUUACCCUUAUUAGCCAACCAAUAAAACUAAAUAAGAUGUUUACUAAUAUGGGUGACCGAGAAGCACAAUUAAGAGCAUUUGAUGAAACUAAAUUAGGAGUUAAAGGAAUUGUUGAUGCUGGUGUCACUACCAUUCCUUCCAUCUUCAUUCACCCAAUUUCUAAACGACUAUUACCUCAAAAAACAAGCACUUCUAAUGAUGCUAGGUUUCAAUUUCCAAUCAUUGAUCUUUGCGUGAGCGAAAAUGAUUUGGAUCAUAAGAAUAAGGUUGUCGAUAAGAUUAGAGAAGCCUUAGAAACAUGGGGAUUUUUUCAAGUUAUAAAUCAUGGGAUUUCUGAUGAAGUUAUGGAGGAUACAUUGAAAGGUGUAAAAGGGUUUUUUGAGCUAGAUGAUGAGGUUAAGAAGGGUUAUUAUUCAAGAGAUUAUGCCAAUAACAAGGUUGCUUAUCAUAGCAAUACUGAUCUUUACACCGGGCCUGCAACUAAUUGGAGAGACACUAUUGCUUGUACAAUGGUUCCUAAUCCUCCUCACCCCGAUGAAUUCCCUCCCCCUUGCAGGGAGAUAGUACCAAAGUAUUCAAGUCAAGUGAUGAAACUUGGAAAGGUGUUGUUUGGGCUAUUAUCAGAGUCACUUGGGCUGCAACAAACCAAUUUAUGUGACAUUGGUUGUGCCGAAGGCCUAAACGUUGUGGGUCAAUAUUAUCCGGCAUGUCCACAACCCGAAUUAACAAUGGGUACUGCAAAACAUGCUGAUAGUGUCUUCUUAACUAUUUUGUUACAAGAUCAAAUUGGUGGUCUCCAAGUUCUUCAUCAUGACCAUUGGGUUGAUGUUCCUCCUACUCCCGGAGCUUUAGUCAUUAAUAUAGGAGAUCACUUACAGUUGGUAUCAAACGAUAAAUUCAAAAGUGUGGAACACAGAGUACUUGCUAACUACAAAGGACCAAGAGUAUCGGUGGCUUCCUUUUUCACCACAUUUUAUCAAGAGACUUCUACAAAGUUUGGGCCCAUCAAAGAACUAUUAUCAGAAGAAAAUCCUCCAAAGUAUCGUGAGAUUACGGCGAAAGAGUAUAAUACCUACUUCUUGGAAAAAGGACUUGAUGGCACCUCUCCCCUCUUACAUUUCAGACUUUGAUCUACAUUAAUUUAAGUUCGUGCAAGUAGUCCCUCUGUCCUUUAGAGAGGGAUUGAGCAUAGAUUUCACUACAUAUAUUUUAGUGAACCUUUUUUAAUUUCAAAGUUCAAUUAGUUUAUUUAACUUGUUGGACAUAGUUAUGUUUAGUGGAUAGUGUACCAGCUUAGUUAGCUUGGACUCAUAGGACACCUAGGAGUUUGGUUGUGCAAACGUAUACCUCCAUAUUAGCUUGUUGUUGGACAAACGUAGACCUAUCAUAGCCAAUAGCAUUCACCAAGUGGGUGCCUCCUCGAAACCAUGGUGAUGAUGGCUGAUAAAUGCCCUAAUUAAUUGAAAUGAAAUUAUUAUUAUCUUCUUAAUUAUACCUAA